AUGGCAUAUCAGUUCUUUGCAAAGGCGCAUCAGUCCAGCAAAGCGCCCACUUCUCCACCCCUCUCCCCUCCCGCGUCGUCCCCCUCCCCCAGACACAGCAGACCUCCUAUGCAGCCUCCCUCACUAGUUCUUCCACAGUCCUCGAGCUCUUCUGCUACACCAAAUAUAGCGUCGCGUCUUAAACCGCCAGCGGCGAGGGAUCCCUCAUUCCAACCUCCCGCGUACCCUCAUGCCAUCUCCCCAGGCUACCAGACUCCCCAUCCCCACGUUACCAUCGACCCAGUCAGCACCGCGCAUAUCCCCUCGUUGACUCGCAUCACGGGUCUCCUCCUACCUAUCCGCUAUCCCAACUCAUUCUACACGGCGACAAUCACCGACCCCGUCAUCGCGUCGGUUUCGCGCGUCGCGAUCUACCAUGAUCACCCCGUAGCCGCGGCACCGUCUACCACCCCGUCACCCGCCGCGUCGAGCUUAGGAGCAAGCACAGGUACGGACAAAGUUAUUGGAGGCAUCAGGUGCCGACUUGAGCGCCUGCCCGUAGGGACUGAAACGAGGUCUCAUUCGCAGAAGUCGGAGCCAACGAAUCUCUAUAUCCAGACUCUCCAUCUGCUCUCCCCGUAUCGAGGCUGUGGGGUUGCGGCCUCCCUGCUCAAUUCUAUACUCUUUGCUUCUCCGCCCUCGCCUUCGACUUCAUCUUCUUCCUCAUCCUUUUCUUCUUACAAUGUAUCAGAGCUGGUGAAACAUUACAACAUCCGCACCGUCACGGCGCACGUCCAUGAAGCCAACGAGGAGGGUCUGAGAUGGUACAUUGCUCGAGGAUUUCAGGUCGAACAGGGCUUGGUGGAGAACUACUACCGGCGACUGAAGCCUUCUGGAGCGAAAAUCGUCAAACUGGUUCUGCGAUGGAGUGACGAUGAUGGCGACGCAGACGGAGCCCCUCAGAACGACUCAGAGGAGACUCGGCCUGUGCAGAAUGAUGCCAAGGGCCAAGAGGAAGAUGACGACUGGGAGAAAGUCGAGGCUGAGGAUAGCGAUGACCCGGAUGCCCAAGGAGUCCAGUUUACGGAGUCCAGGAUCCUGGAGGGGGAUGAUGGCCCCCCAAGGAAACGGAAGGCAGACGAUGAGCCCCAGAGACAUUGA